GGAUAAUAACAAUUGUUUCAAAUGAUUAAAAAUAAAUAAAGUUAAUUGUUUUUCACUUCUCUUUCUCAACUAUUCGUUAUUAGUUGAUGUUCCCUAAUUUCUCAAGUGGCCUCUGGGGAGAAAUGAAGUAACUACAUUUCCCGGUUUUCGAUUUGAUGUUUUUCUUGUUUUGCUUUUCUUUUUUAUUUGUUUAUUUAUGUUUCCUUUAUUCUGUUCAAGAUAUUUGAAUUCUUUCAAGAAUGUGAUUAAAUCUUUUCACUGUGAUUCUGUUUGUUUCAACCGUAACUUUUCAGAGAAAACAAUGAAGAAAGUAUUGAAUGUUGCCGAGAAAAAUGAUGCUGCUCGAAAUAUUGCCAACAGCAUGUCUAAGGGUAACUCUCAACGUAGGGAAGGAUUUUCAAAAUAUAACAAAAUUUACGAAUUUGAUUACGAUUUACCUCAUGAAGGUCGGUGUAAAAUGACAAUGACAUCAGUUUCUGGUCACCUUUUAGAUUACGAUUUCGACGAAAGGCAUCGUAAAUGGUGGUCCUGUGAUCCUCUUGCCCUUUUUGAGGCUCCAAUUGUCACUAAAUUAAGUGAAGAUUGUGAAAAGAUUAAAAGAACUUUGGAAAGAGAGAUUUCAGGUGCUCAACUACUUAUUCUGUGGACCGAUUGUGAUAGAGAAGGAGAGAAUAUCGCUUUUGAAAUCAUUCAAGUUUGUCGUAAAGUGAAGCCCAAUAUUCCAAUUAAAAGAGCAAGAUUUUCUGAGAUCACCCCUUCAGCCAUUAUUCGAGCUGUUAAUAACCUUGUGCCUCCUAAUAAAUUGGCUUCUGAUGCUGUUCAAGUUCGUCGGGAGCUGGAUUUACGAAUUGGUGCUGCAUUCACUCGUUUUCAGACCAUGUUAAUUCAAAAGAUCGGUCAACAAGUCAAAGACAAAUUAAUCAGCUAUGGCUCAUGCCAGUUCCCUACUCUUGGUUUCGUCGUUGAACGUUAUAAACAAAUCAAAGAGUUUGUGUCAAACGCUUUUUGGUAUUUAGAUGUCAAGCUCAAAAGGGAUAAUCUUACAGUUGUAUUUACUUGGGAUCGAAAUAGACUAUUUGAUUGUGAUGCAUGUCUUGCUCUUUACCAUCGUAUCUUACUCAAUCCAAGAGCAAAAGUAACAUCAGUUGAAAGUCGACGAAAAACCCAUUGGAGACCAGUGCCAAUGGACACAAUUUGUUUGGAAAAAUUGGCUUCAUCUAAAUUACGAAUCUCUGCCAAAACAACGAUGGGAAUAGCUGAAAAACUUUACGUUAAAGGAUUCAUAUCCUAUCCAAGAACUGAAACCAAUAUUUUCCCGUCCAAUUUGAAUCUUCAACCAGCGGUCCAGGCACAAACAGCUCAUCCGGUGUGGGGUAGAUUCGCUAGUCAGGUAUUACAAGAGGGAAUUCGUCCGAGGCAAGGAAAGAAAACUGAUAAUGCUCAUCCGCCCAUUUAUCCCAUCAAAGCAGCAGAAAAUUUGUCAGGGGACGAAGCAAAAAUUUACGAAUUAGUAGUGAGACAUUUUUUGGCUUGUCUAAGUAGCGAUGCUGUCGGUUUUGAGACAAACAUCAAGUUGGACAUCAAUGGUGAAGGUUUUCAUACAAGCGGUCUUAUUAUAUUAGAAAAAAAUUAUCUCGAAGUGUACCCAUACGUUAAAUGGUUCGGUAAAGAAAUACCUGAAAUCCGAAUGAAUGAGGUUUUUGUUCCUGAUGAAAUUUUCAUGCGAGAAGGUAAAACAAGUCCACCCGCUUUGUUAACCGAAUCCGAUCUCAUUGCUCUCAUGGAAAAACAUGGAAUAGGAACAGAUGCAACUCACGCUGAACACAUCGAGACAAUCAAAUCACGAACUUAUGUUAGCUUAACCAAUGACCGACGAUUUCUGCCCGACCAAUUGGGCCUUGGUCUCGUCGACGGUUACGUGGCAAUGGGCUUUGAAUUAUCUCGACCUCAUCUUCGUGCAAAUCUCGAAAGAGAUCUGCAAGCCGUUUGUGAAGGUCGAAAAGAUCCAAAGAUUGUGCUAAGAGAACAAGUCGUUCUUUACAAAGGUAUUUUUUCCGAUGCAAUGAGAAGAGCCAAUUUACUCUCGUCAAAUGUUCAACGUUGUCUCGGUGAAGACAUUAACAUAAGGAACUUUUGAUUCAAUUGUGAUCUUCAAGUUUCUUGAGUAUUUUUACUCGAGAAAAUUGAAACAAGAAAAAUCUAUUUUUAGCUACUCUAUGAGUCCAUUUAAAAUCGAUGAAUUCAUUGAAUUCGCAUUUUCUUCCAUCUCAUGAAAAUUUCUAUGUGAAUAGUUCAUCUAAUGACGAUAAUGUUUCGUAAUAAUCCAUCAAAUAUAAAUUGAAUUUCAAGUUCAAAAAAGAUAAACAUAAUUCAAUUGGCUUGAUGGUUAUGAGAGUUUAAUUUUUUUUAUUAUGUAGAAAAAGCAAAGUUUGUAUUCCAUUUCUGUUUUGUAAAUAUCAUCAUUAUUUGUCAUGUUUUCAAUAAACAAGUAAAAUAUAUAA